AUGCCAACGAAGAAGAACUUGAGCUGCGAGCUCAUCGAUGGCACCUCGGGCGGCGCCCUCCGCGAAUGGGGCAAGCAGGCUCUCCCCUGGGGGAAGGGGGUGAGCUGCUUCGUCCAGGCGGACACUGGGCGGCCGUUCGGGGUGCGCAUCAAGCCCACCUCCCCCUUCCCUCCCAUCGUGGAGGAGCAGCGCACGGCGGAGCGCAACCGCAAGGACUUCGUGCCGUGGCACUUGCUGUGCACCUUGCGCUUCGAUGAGCGCGUCGAACAGCGCAUCAUCGUCUACCUCGACGCUUCACACGCCCACUACAAGCCCCAGGUGGUGAUGGAGGGCCGUUUUGUCCCCAACGACCAGGGCAACCGCUACUGGCAUCGGUGGGUGUUCAAGGAGGCUGGCUCGGGGAUAGACCUCCUGUUCGACGCCUUGUCGCUUGGGCCUUCGGAAGAAGAGAUGAGCGACGAGCAGCUAGCCGGCCUUAUCAAGGGCCUCGAUCCCAACCAGCAGCAAGACACCACGAGAUCGGGCCUGCUGGAAAUCACAUGCCAACGCGUCACGGUCGAAACCAGCUCGCAAAUGCAACGAUGGCAACCAAGCAUGGACGCCGAGUUUGAUGAUGGCACAAAAGACAAGACCGAUAAGGACAUCUCUCACAAAGCAGCAAUCGUCAAAGCCGGCAACAAGAAGGCAGGCAACUUGCAGAGUACUAUCGGCUAUGUCCCCUUCGACGAGGAACCAUACGCCGUCUUCCAGUUCAGAUACCGCAGCGAGGAUGUCCUCCGCAAAUAUGGUUUUCCAGGAUUUCCGAAGGAGGUGAAAGUCCCACAGGUACUCAUGCACACGGUAAGUCUUGGAGGAGCGGGUAUGAAGCGGAGCGUGGGUGCAGCAGCAGGCAGCGAGCAGAGCAACGAGCAGAGCGACGAGCAGAGCGACGAGCAGAGCGACGAUGAGCUCCUGAGCAAAGUGAAGAGAGCAACGACCGAGAGAAACAAGACCAGUGGCAACGGACAAGUGGCAAAAUUUGCCAGUGCAGGAAGUGAUGUUGGUGAUGAGAGCGAUGAGGAGGAGGAAAUGACAACGGAGAAGCGAGCCGAGAUGAGCGAAAGCACUCGAGCCGAAUGGAUGCAAGCACAACAUGAAGCACUCCAGCAAGUCGACAAGGACGACAGCGAUAAGGAGAAUGCAGGAAUCCCAGACAACAAUAACAAAGACGCUACGAAGGAUGGCCUCAAGGCACACCUCAGCACAGGCAAGAACGCCCGCUGGACAGCAUCUGCAGCUAUACGCUCAGGCUUGAAAGACGGAGAGAAGGAGGAAAUUGACGACGAUGGCGAUGCCAACAAGGAGCAUGAGUGGAUGUCCAACAUCAUCAAGAAGAAUGCUGAAGAUGCCGAGGAAGAAGUCCUUUAG